CUCACCACAGGACAGGCAGUCGGUCAAGAUGCGGUUCUAUGCGUCAAAGUUCCCCGAAGUGGACGAGCUGGUGAUGGUACAGGUCAAGCAGAUCCAAGAAAUGGGUGCCUACGUCAAGCUGCUCGAAUAUGACAACAUCGAGGGCAUGAUCUUGCUCUCUGAGCUCUCCCGGCGACGCAUCAGAUCGAUCCAAAAGCUCAUCCGCGUCGGGCGCAAUGAAGUCGUCGUCGUCAUGAGAGUCGACAAGGACAAGGGCUAUAUCGACCUGUCAAAGCGCAGAGUCUCGGCAGAGGACGUCGUCAAAUGCGAGGAGCGCUACAACAAGGGAAAGACGGUCCACUCGAUGAUGCGACAUGUGGCAGACAAGUCGGGCUCAGAUCUCGAGGAACUCAACAAUGCCAUCGCCUGGCCGCUGUAUGCCAAAUUUGGCCACGCAUAUGAAGCUUUCAAGGUCUCUAUAGGUGAUCCCGAAUCUGUGUUCGGCGGUCUGGAAGUCAACCCAGACGUGCUAGCGGAUCUCAAGGACCAUAUCGCACGCAGACUGACCCCUCAGCUCGUCAAAGUGCGAUCCGACUUUGAGCUCACCUGUUUCUCCUACGCCGGCAUCGAUGCCAUCCGACGCGCCCUCAGAAAGGGCGAGGCACUGACGACGAGCGAUGUGCCGAUCAAGAUCAGGCUUGUCGCGCCACCUCUGUAUGUCAUCAUCAGCAAUUCCGCAGACAAGACAGGCGCCAUCGCACGGUUAGAAAAAGCGCUCCAGGUCAUCGAGGAUUCGAUCACCAAGGAGGGCGGCAAGAUUGCUGUCAAGCUCGCGCCAAAAGCUGUCUCCGAGUCUGACGACCUCGAGCUGUCCGCGCUCAUGGACAGAGUCGCAAGGGAGAACAAGGAAGUCUCGGGCGACGAGGACAGCGAGGGAGAGGCAUGAUCUGCUUCUCCACAUACGGACGUACUCAAAAAGAGAACACCUUGCAAGCCCUGUUGUCACAACAUUUACAUCUUUGCGCUUUCUCGCGAGUC